AUGAUUGUAUUAGCUGCUUCUCCAUUGAUUGCAAAAAGAGGAAGGACAUGGCAAAAGAAAGUAUUGCUUGCUUUCUGCAUGAUUGCUGCAAUUAUGGAAUUUGUGGCACAACCAUUCGAUUUGUUGAAGGUUUUCCAUCCACUACAGGAUCGAUCAAUUUCAAAUGCAGCCACCCUCUUUCUUCCUCACUUCUUUGCUCGAAUGCAAUUCCAAGCCAUCUACGCUCUCUUUGUUUAUCUCUUCUUCAAAAUUUUACAAGUCCUUCUCACCAUUGCGGAACGAAUGAAUACAAAAAGAAAACGUGAAGAAAUCAAAGAAAUGUACAAGAAGGCCAUUUUAGGUCUUGGCCCCACAAACACGAGUAGUAGCACAACUGUUCAACCUAUUCCUACUACUACUACUGGCAUGGAUGUAGGUAAACAUCAUGAAAUUUCCCACGGUCUGAACCCUCUGGAUUUCUAA